ACCUACGGAUACGGACAUAACCUAUUUCAAGAUGGAUAUUUCAUAGUCCAAGAAUAUGUCAUGUAUUCCAUUUUCCAAAAAUGAAGUUUACCAAAUAUAGCUAUACCGAAUAAACUAAAUAGCAGAAAUUUAUCAUCAAAUAUUUUAAAGCAAUGAAUAUUUAUUUACCACCAGAUGCCAAUUUUUAACCAUUGGUAUUUCACCCUUCAUGCUUCCAUUCACAAAAUGCAGAAAUGGAGAUUUUGCAAAAAAAAAAAACAGUGGCAUCGUGAUAAAUCCCAAUUAUUAGUCAUUGGUAUUUGGUCCGUCAUGAUUCCUUUUGGAAAACGGUAGAUUUUGCAAAAAAUAGUGCUAAAAUGAUAGAAAGUACUGGCAGGCGGUAUGUGUUGUAUUUGUAUCAUAUUGGUACUAUUUGAUGGGUUCUGUGUAAGAUGUAAUACUUACGAUUAGUCGUCAUUUUAAAUUCGAGGACAUGUGCAGUUUUAAUGUUAUUUUAUAGUACUCUUAUUUUUCAUGUUAUAUUUCAUACAAGGCAGCCAUGAUGUGAAGGCCCAUAGUUUGGGUCUAUAAGAUUUGAUAUGUAAGAUUUUUAGUGUGCAAGUGCAACUAAAUAGAAUGCUCAACGUUUUAUACACUUCUCCUAUUUAUUCUCACAUAUUAAUCAAUUGUUCCCAUGAAGCUCCAUGAAUCUUAUUAACAGUCUGCUUUAUUAAUGCUUAACUCCCUACCAUUGAAAUACUAGAAUGUAUUCCUCUUGCUAUGUUGUAACUUCCUUUUGGUGUAUUAUUACUGGCGCCAACACAAUGUAAUUUGGGCAUAUUGUUACAUUAUGUGUGAGAAAUAUUACUGCAUUUCAAUAUCAGGUUGUAUAAUUUAUGCACUGGCAGCCAUUGGUAUUCAUCAUUGGGAAUUUCAGAACAUUCAUUAAUGUAUGUAUUGCUAACAAGUCUGUUGAUAACAUAAUAUUAUUAAACAAUUCUACCAAGUGCAGUCUUGUUGUAAAUUUAAACAUUAAGUACUGAUUUGUUCUAUUUAGGAAUGACCAAUCCCACAGUCCAUGCAAAACACAUUACUAGAAGUGGACAUUUCAAAUAGUCAUUUACUCAAUACGAUAUCAUUUUUUAAUUCUAUGAAUCAUCUUGUCAAGUAACAUUACAAUUUUGUUAACAGAAAAUGUAUGAUUUAUGAAUGAUAUGAUUUGAAGCUAAAUUAAGGUAAUCUAAUUGGCACCGAGCCAAUUGACAAUGAACUGGAAACAUCUUGUAUUGUGUUUAUUAAAAAGAAAAUUCCUGCGUUAAAAUGUAUUUCAACAAAGUGUUGUUGAUCUGUGGGUUCUUAAUUGUUGCAUGCUUUGCUGACAAGGAUGAAUCUGAUGAUGGAAAUUGUACUACUACGACACAACCUACAACUAAGGAGUUAGCUGUCAUCGAGUCCAUGCUACUUGUUUCGACGCUUGAUGGGACAUUGCAUGCUGUCAGUAAAAGCAGUGGACUCGUCAAAUGGAAGUUAGAUGAUGAUCCUAUAUUGUCUGUUCCCACAGAUACCUCUGUUAUAAAAGGUCCAACGUUUCUUCCUGAUCCACAAGAUGGUUCUUUGUAUGCUUAUGAACCAUCAUCACAAGACCUUACAAAAUUGCCCUUUACCAUUCCUGAGCUUGUCCAUGCAUCUCCUUGUCGAAGCUCUGAUGGGAUUUUAUACACUGGACGCAAGCAAGAUAUGUGGGUUGCAGUGAAUCCAGUAACAGGGACAAAAGAACAAAUUAUAUCAACUGACGAAACUCUUGAAAAAUGUCCUGGUGGAAGCUCGUCAAACAUAUACCUCGGUAGAUCUGAAUAUAAAAUGACAAUGUAUGAUACAAACAAGAAUGAACUUCGAUGGAAUGUCACGUAUAAAGAUUAUUCUGCUCAUGCAAGAGAAAAAGUAGUAAGGGAUUAUGAUCUUCUACAUUUUGCAUCUAGCUCUGACGGAUAUUUAGUAACAGUGGAUCGUAAAAGUGGUCGCAUAUUAUGGGCAAACAAUUAUGGUUAUCCUGUUGUUGGUAUGUACGUUUAUGGCAAUGAAGGGGGUUUGGAAAAGGUGACAAUGGUUAACAUGGCUAAGGAAACAUUAAUGUAUUUAUUACAGCAACAAAGUGGUCACAUUUCUUUAUGGGAAAAUAUUCUGCAAUGGGGUGAGAAGAAUUCAAAUGCUGGAAAGGAGACAGCAUUGCUCCCGUCAUUGUACGUUGGACAGUAUAUGAACAAUUUGUAUGCGAUUCCUGCUAUGAAACAUGAUGGUGUAGGAUUGCACCAAGAUGUUCUGCUAUUGCCAGGGCCGAGAGAUGAUCACAUUUACACGUCUGAUUCUACUGCUUUACAAGUGGACGUUAACUUUCCAGCAUGGAGAUUAGUUGGAUAUCACAAUGUUCCUGGCGGAUCAAAAGCAUCAUUUCCAACAUCAAAAGCUGAAAAAGUUCAAAAUGUUCCUCUUAUAACUGAAGAAAAAACAACUCAUACCACUGAGACAAGUGGAGGUGUCGAGAGUCAUGUAAAUACAGAUACACCAGCUCAACAUCCCAUUCUGGAAUUCCAACAAAAAUACAGACAUUUUGAUAGACUGAGAUUAAUGUAUGCUCGUUAUCAAAAGAACAAGCAAAAUAGAAGGCAACAGCGUCAAUCAAUGCUUGGUGAGAAAAGAGAAAAAGAAACAAUUCCCACAGAUGGAACAAGACUCUUUGAAACAAUGGUUAUCACAGUUUUAACGUCUCUUAUCACUGGAGGGAUAAUAUUACUCUUUACAUCAAAAGUCAUGUUUAACGAACGCAAUUCUAGACGUUUGCCAUCUGAAGAGGGAUGGACUAGAGUAGGUCAAAUUGAACUUGAUCCAUCUGAUAUACUCGGUAGAGGUAGUGAAGGCACAGUGGUAUACAAGGGCAAAUUUGAUGGUCGAGAUGUUGCUGUCAAAAGGAUUGUUCCUCAAUGUUUUACAUUCGCUGACCGUGAAGUUGCAUUACUAAGAGAGUCAGACGAACAUUCUCAUGUAAUUCGAUAUUAUUGUAUGGAAAAAGAUGUUCAAUUCAGAUACAUUGCUCUAGAAUUAUGCAGUAACACGUUACAGGAAUAUGUUGAAAAUCCGCUCUUUCAUUGUAGUGUUGGUCUUGAGCCUGCAGUUGUUCUGCAUCAAGCCAUGCAAGGCAUAGAACAUUUACAUAAUUUAGGAAUCGUACAUAGAGAUGUCAAGCCAAGCAAUAUUCUCAUCUCGUUUCCUAAUCAAAUUGGUCAACAAAGGGUUGUGAUAUCAGAUUUCGGUCUUUGUAAGAAGUUAGUUGCUGGAAGAUGCUCUUUUUCUCAACGCUCUGGUGCAGCAGGUACAGAUGGAUGGAUCGCACCUGAGAUGAUUGUAGACAAAUUUCGAAUGACCAGAGCUGUGGAUAUAUUUUCAAUGGGUUGUGUUUAUUAUUAUACACUUUGCGGGAAGCAUCCGUUUGGUGACUCAUUAGCACGACAAGUAAGAAUUGUUGAUGGUGAUCAUGAUAUUGACGAUUUGAACAAACAGGAAUGUUACUCUGAAGCCUAUGAUUUAAUUCACUGUAUGCUGAAUGUAGAACCUCAUCUACGUCCAUCAGCUGAAACUGUUCUAGCUCAUCCAUUAUUCUGGUCCCAUGACAAAAAGCUUCAGUUUUUACAAGAUGUCAGCGAUCGAACCGAAAAGGAACCAACUGACAGUUCUGUGAUGGUACGACUUGAAAACGAAGACAAUAAAAUGGAUGUUCUUGGUGAUGAUUGGAGGAAAAAUUUAUCGAUGCCUCUUCAACUUGAUUUGAAGAAGUUUAGAAUGUAUCGGGGUGAUUCUGUGAGGGAUUUACUAAGAGCAAUGCGGAAUAAAAAACAUCAUUAUCGAGAGCUAAAUGAUGAUGUCAAACUCUCAUUGGGUUCCAUUCCAGAUGAAUUUUUAUUGUAUUUUACAAAAAGAUUUCCUAACUUAUUAAUACACACUUAUCAUGCUAUGGCAUUAUGCAGAAAGGAAAAAAUAUUUCAACAGUAUUAUGGAGCCACCGCUAAAAAUCACCUAUUUUCAGGCUGUCUUCCAUAUUUAAAACCUGACAAGCAUCCAUAUAAAGCAGUUUUAGAAAACAAAGAAGAUAUAUGGGGUGAUACAAACCAGAGAAAACGAAACAACACACCUACUCAAGCAGCUUUGUCUGAUUUAGACAUGAACUGGCGAGCAAGCGCUCGACCUCGCCAACCAGAAGAACUGGCAAGUAUGGGAUUCACAAAUAAUGGCAAAAAUGGUGCAGGAUCAGAAGCUUCCUCAGAAGCGAGCUUCGAAUCAACUAAAAAUACUUGGGGUUCAUCUAAAUCUAGUACCCCUAUGAAAAACUCUCCCAAAAUGCAGCGUCGUUCAGCAAACGACUUACGUCAACAGUCACCACAAGCAAUCUCACAUUUAAAUUCCGGCGUUCGUUCGUUAUCAUAUGCAGGUAUUGUUCACCAAGGAACUCCAUUUAAUCCAAGUAAUUUUCUGAAGCCAGAUCCAAAAAAGUCACGUAUCAAAAAAUCAAACAGAAGCCCAAAAGUAUCUGAAUCCUCCACCGCCAGUGCUGCUAGUACUGCAACACAUCCUGAAAAAAGCGAAGAGAAUAACUUAUUGCAGAAUACAGUUUUAAAAAAGCAUGAUGCAUUAACGGCAUCACAUACUGAAAUAGAUGAUAGAAGCAUCAAUUCUGAUUUAGUUACGUUUUCACUUGAAGGUGAUGAAAACAUUGAAACACUGGGGUCGACAAUCAAGGAUGAUGAUGACAAUCAGAAAGAAACUGACAUUUUAGACCAAGAGCCAAGCAGUAUGAAAGUAAAAACAGACUUCUUAGAUCUUUCCGGUGAAUAUGAUCCCUCUGAAAAUCUUAAUGAGGAAAUUGUGGACUGUGAUUGUGCCACAGAGAACGAUACUACACCAGGAGAUACAUCUCUGGUAAAUAACAAUGAGUUAGAAGUCGAUGCACAACCUGACAUUAAAAAAACAAAAACGAAAAGACAUCGACGGGGUAAGAAAAAAAAGAAAAGUGAUUUAACUUUGAUUGAUUCUAAUAAUACUGAUGCACAAGAUUAAUAUAUUUACAGUACAUGUUUGUUUUUUAUUUUUAUCUUUUAUUGCUAAUUUUGUGCAUUUUGCCAAUUUCGAAACUGUUAUAAGUUCUAUAACAAGUCGCAAACCCAAGCUGUUCAUAUUACAAUAUUUUAUACAUUUUGUAUUCAUGCAUUCAAGAAAAUUCUAUUUGUAUCAAAUCAACAUCUGUAUAUGACAGACAAAUGAAAUAAAAAUAGAAAACCAGUGAAUAAGAUCACACGUUAAUCUAACAUCCAAUGACCACAUAGCUUAUAUUGAUGGCUUUAUAUUUCCGCUGUUGUAGUCUUAUUGAAUUUGGACAUUGGACACGUCUGUAGGGAAAUACUACCUGUUAUUAUGGCUGUACUUUUGUACUUAUGAUGGUUUAUUGAUGAUGAUUAUUAUUAUUAACUCAUGCAAUGUCAUAAUUAAAUGUUCUAGUACAUCUACUGUGGUUUCAUCAGUUUGUUUCAUUGGCAUUGUUAUCUGUUAACUUGAGGUGCCGAUAUGCGAUGCAAUGAGUGAUGUCCACUCUAUUGUGUCAAUGUUAGACUUACCUUUGUACACUCUUGUGGUUCUUCCAUUAUAGCUCAUAUACAAAAUGAAUUCGAAAUUAUUAAAAAAACAUUCAGUCAGGUGAAUGACUUUUUUAUGAGUCAGAUGGGUUCCUGUUUGAACCUAAGUUGAAUAGUGUUAAAUGAAAGUAUAAAUUUCUGGAUCUGUUGUGUGUUAUUGGAGUUAUAUAUCAUAUUGUUUUCAAAAUAUUUAGGCUAUUUCGGAAUUUGUCUAAAAAUGUUGAUGAGAUAGCAUGUCCACAGUUUGUAAUUUGCAAUUGUAUAUUUUUGUCCUUCCUGGCGCAUCCUUUUUCCAUUGUGUAAUUUUUUUUAAUUUUCUUGAUUUGUUCGAUACUAUAUAUAUAUAUAUAGUAAAAUAAUGUCACUUGCAAUCGAUUCACAGGUGUCUGUGUUUGUUAUUUUCUAUUUUUAUUGCUGAAAGUAGCAAUAAUAUGAAAGUGAAUUUCUAUAAUAUAUACCGUAAAUGAUUUACCGUAAUCAAAAAUUCAUAACAAAGGUAGGAUUUGUUAAUCAAAGGUUUAUGUAUGUGUCUUUGGGCCGGUGCAUUCUCAUCAUCCUAUCUGUACAAAUUUGCAUCUUGAUAGCUCAAUUCCAGUAGCCUAUUGUAGAUCGCAUAUGAACUUGAGAUUUAUGAAAAUCCCUUUUUGUUUUCAUCUUUUUGUAUUGUGCUCAAAACUCAUACUAAUUCUGUAUGUCUGCAUUUAAUUCAAAGGAUAUGGAUUGUACUAUUAUUUGAUUUUGAUUAAUUUCUAAAUGUACAUAUUAUGAAGGCAUUUAGAUUUAUUGAAAUUUUAUGUAUUCAUAUACGAUACGCACAUUUCCUAUCGAAUUGAAAUUAGGAUAGUUAUUUUCGAUAGAUCAUCAUGUAACAACAAAUCCAUUAUUAAGUGCUCUUCAUAUCAUCAAUUGCAGAGGAAACUACGUAAUUCAAAUUUUGUUGAGUGGUUGUAUGGCCCUUUUUAUCUUUGUUAUGUCUAUCAGAUCACUAGGUUUCAUGGGCUAUUAAUUUUAUUUUCAUCCUGUUGAGUAUGUUUUCAUAUUGUUUCUUCUUUGCCUAACAAAUGCUUGCUUAUGUAACAUGGGAAUUCGACAUACAGUUUUGCGCUUGUUUAUUAAAUAUGAUGCCAUUUCUAAAUACACAUCUAGCUGUAUUAUGCAUUGAUGCAAACCUAUCUGGUUUCAGUAGCUGUUCCUCUAGAUGUGAGUCUCUUUUUGUGACACUGUUUCAGCAAAUUCUCUUUGAAAAUGUAAUUAGGCCAGGGGUUUUCCAUAAAAACGAUACACUACAUUUUUAGAAAUUAGACUUUUAGUUUUGCAUUGUUAGAAUCUUAGCUACACCUAAUCUAACAGCUGCAUUAUUUUUUAAGCUGAAAUUUUCUCCUAUAUUUUUGUUCCUCUGCUGAAAAAAUAGUUGGUGAUUGACAGUAAAGUGUAAUAUUUUAUUAAUUAUUAUUCUUUACUCUUUCCAUGUAUGGCGAAUAAAUAAUAAGGUAACUAUAUGAGUGCUUACACAUGACAAUCAGUAGCCAAGUCCAUUAUUGCUGGAUUUGAUACUUUUGUUUCAAAACUUAUAAACAAGUUUUUUUGUGAAGAAUUUAGACUAUUCAUUCACAGUUUAUUAUCCUCUGAGAAAAUUUUGAACAUGUUAUUGUUUAAGUACCACACUUUUGCUCAAAAGAAGACUCCAGACAAGUGGUCACUUCCAAUCUAGUUUCCAUUCAAAAAUAAAUACGUGGGUUCAAGACGAUGAAACUCAAUAAUAUGUUGUGACACCAUUCCUGUUUCUUUCAUUAAAUAAGAUGCGCUGGGUCAUCUAUUGUAUUUUCGCUUUUCAACAAGUUAAGUAUCAUCUUUUGCAUUCCAUAAUGCUUGCAAAAUGAAAGAAUAAGUUUGAAUUGCAGAUAAAUUGCUCUUUUUUUGUGAUAUGAAAUUAUUGUACUCUCAUUUCUUUAUACAUCCAUAUUUUGGAUGCUCAAUCUAAAUAUUUGAAUAAUUUAUAAUAUUUGUGUUUUAUAUUGAAUUGCGAUUUAAAUUUGAAGUUAUUCAAAUAAUUUCAAAGAAUGUUUGCAUUAUUUUUACAAUUUGCUAUUUUUUCAGUUCCCUACUAUUCUCGGUGACUGGAUGUUAGUUCUGGUUGCCUAUUCGCUAUUUCUUUUAUUUUCUUGCCAUUUAUUAUCAUGUGCCGUUUCAAAUGGAUUUGAAAUGUUGUCUGAAUUAUGCUUUUUUACUUUUUUCUCUUUUCUCUAG